GGCUACUUUCCAACAAAACUUAUUGGUGGUUAACUAGUGAAUCAAAAUUAUGGCAAGUUUAAUAGACCUUUGUGAACAAUACUUCGGUGCACGUGAUUUUUACGAUGUCCUAAAAAUUUCAAGAAGUGCAACUGACAAACAAGUGAAAAAAGCAUACCAUCAACUAUCUCUACUUGUUCAUCCGGAUCGUGUUGAAGAUGACAUCAAAGCAGAGGCAACAGAAAAAUUCAAAGUCCUUGGACGAAUUCAUUCCAUCCUCAGUGACAGCGAGAAACGUAAAAUUUAUGAUCAGUCUGGUCAAUACGACGAAGAGAGCGAAGAGGUUAUGAUGAGAAAUUGGGCAGACUAUUGGAAGACUCUAUUCAAGAAAAUAACUGUGGAGGAUAUUAAUAAUUAUGAGAAGAAUUACAAAGGAUCUGAAAUAGAAAUCAAAGAUCUGAAACGCGCUUACAUGGACAGUGAAGGAGAUAUGGACUACAUCUUAGAAACUGUUCCAUUUACGAGCUGUGAUGACGAACCAAGGUUACAUAGUAUCAUCCAAAAUCUCAUAGAGAAGGGUGAAGUACCAGAAUAUACUGAAUUCACUCAAGAAAACGACAAAAAGAAGCAACGUAGAAAGCGUAAGUGGGCCAAAGAAGCACAAGAAGCCGAACGUCUUGAAAAGAUGCUAAAAAUCGAAAACGAGGAAAACGCAGCUGCCAACAAUCUAGCACUGGCGAUACAGAGCCGCAAUCAAGCACGAGCGAGUCAGUCCGACAAGUUCUUCGAUUCCCUGAUCGACAAAUACGCGAAGAAGGCGGAGAAGGCAACGAAGAAGAAAUCCUCGCCCGCAAAAGCCGCGAAAACCACGAAAAAAGCUAAAAAGAAGACAUAGAGCAGCGCAAUUUUUACAGAAACGACCCUCCGCAUUGGAAUAUCGUCGCGAUUUUUUUAACUUAAUUGCUAAUCAUCACAAAACGCGUCCCAUCAUGUAUACUUCUUUGUACGAACAAAAAUUGUCGUAUUUAAGUUUUAUAAAUUUGUCGAUUAAAUAUAUCGAUAGUGAAAUUCAUUGUAACCGCGUAGGCACGUCACGUUCAAAUAUAAAUCUUAUAUACACA